GACUGCCCAAAAUUAAAUCAAUGGCAGACAAAUCCUCCACGUGUGCCUCCCUAUCGUCACACUGACCGUUCAUUCUGUAGCAAUCGAACGGAUAAAACCAUAGGCCCGAUACCAAGGGGGAAAACCCCAACCAAGUGUUAUAAUAUCUGCAAGCUCGGAUUUGUAUGUAUGCACGAUUAGCAGAAGCCCUUGAACAUAUUGAUACAUAGAUCGCGAUUGACUACGAUAAUUCCAAGGCUUUUGCAGGGGUGCUUUUUUAAUAUUCGAAAAUGGUUCUGGAAUGCGGAGGAAAUGUCCUUUGCGAGGUGGAUCCUAAAGUAGAGUCGUCCUCUCUUGCUUCCAAGGCAGGGGCCGCUAGGGAUUAUGCUGCGAAGAAGAAAAAGGUGAACAGGCGAGCCAAGUUGAAGCAAUGCAAACUGGAUGCGCGCCGCGAGCAAUGGCUGUCUCUAGGCAAGAAUAAGAUAACUUGGCAGCACCAACAGCAGCAGCAGCACAAUGAAAACGGCGAGAGUAGCAAAGACAGCGGUGCCACUAAUUCUAUUAGUACUAAUUCCGGGGAAGGAAACAAUGGCGGUACUCAAACAGAGCAAGUAGAAAUACUUCGAAGAAGUUUUUCGGACAUAGAUUCCAGAAGCUCAAAGGCUUCAAUUGAAGAAGAGGAAUAUGACAAUGAGGGUUGCAGCUCAGAAGAUAAUAAUAACAAAAGUCAAGCUCCUGAUAGCAGCCAAGAAGAUGAUGAAGAGGAGGAUGAUGGUAGUUCGGAUGUCGAAGAUGACUGGGAGGCUGCUGCGGAUGCUCUAAAUAUAGGGCAGCCUGUGCCAAAACCUGUUAAGGAAGAAAUCCAAUCUAUUUCUGAUAAUGCCUCUGAUGACAAUAAAUCCAAAUUCUCUAUCGAGGAUGGGAUUCUAAAACCUGAGUAUAAGAUCAAGUCCACAAGUGCUGGAAACAAAUCUCUCCGUAGUGUUAGUGGCAGGGCUUGGAGGCCCGAUGACGCUUCUCGUCCUAAUACAUUGCCAAAGCUUACCAAGCUUCACAGUUUCCCAUCACAGUCCUGCCGUCCCUUGUGUUGGGGCAGUACAUGGAGUGGUAAUCAACAUAAUGCCUCUUCUUCAUCAGUUCCAGUGCCACUGUCUUGCCCUAUUUGCUAUGAGGAUUUGGAUGUUACAGACUUCAAUUUUGUUCCCUGUAAUUGUGGUUUCCGUCUCUGCUUGUUCUGCCACAAGAGGAUCCUUGAGCAAGAUGGGCGGUGUCCGGGAUGCAGGAAGCGAUAUAGUGUUAACGAUACGAGUGCCAAAGUGGCAAUUGUAAGGUUGCCUCGUUCCUGUAGCAUGAGAUUAAAAGUCUAGGAAAGGGCACUAGCACAGCUUUAUGUCGUAUUUUGUGAUCAUCCAUCCUUUGUAUAGAACUUUAUUAUAUACUAUAUAUAUCUAUACAUAUAUAGGAAGUCAUAAGAAGAGGACAUGGAUGUAUGAUUCUUUCGCUGCUUGUGAAUAGAGGGGUGAUGUCAGAGUCGAGAAUGUUACAUGUGCUGCCUAAUUAAUUUAUUUAAAUUUUGCGUCA